AUGGACACCGUCAGCAUGAAGGACUUUGCACUAAUAAAAGUGCUCGGCAAAGGCGGUAAGACAAUGUUUUGCGACUUGUUUAUGAAGCGUGAAUUUUAUUUACUAUGUUAUACUGUUUAUGUGCUCGUUUUGGAGUUUGGACUUGAGUUUGUUUUGAUUAAAUUAUCUGUUUUCUUUUUUCGUCUUGUUUGAAGAUCAUGGAUAAUAUUAUUUGUUAAUAAACUAGAUGAAGAUUCAGAUGCAUUUGUCUAAUUCUUUACAAUAUUUCAGCUUAUGGCAAAGUCUUUCUUGUGCGAAAGAUUGGCGGCUCAGACCAUGGAAUUUACUACGCAAUGAAGGUAUUGAAGAAGGAACGCGUAGCCAGCAAGCAGAAGUCAUUGGAACAUGCGUUGAUGGAACGAAAGGUGCUGAUCCAACUACGCGGAUGCCCUUUUCUGGUCAAUAUGAUAUAUGCCUUUCAGUCCGAGUCCAAAUUACACAUCAUAAUGGGUACGUUCAUUCGGUUUCUUGUGAUUUAUGUUUAGAAUACGUUAGUGGAGGUGAAUUAUUCACACAUCUCUGCCGCCGGCGGUAUUUCCCGCCACAAAUGGCUCGAUUUUACUUAGCUGAACUGGCCGUUGCUUUGGAGUAUGUACAUCAGGUAUUUGAAUAUACGUGUCGCCUGGUUUUGUGUCUGUUUUGUUGUUUAGUUAUGAGUUGUAUAAGGUGGUGUAGAAGAAGGUAAUUAAGGUGAUUGCAGAACGGCGUGAUAUACCGUGACUUGAAGUUGGAGAAUAUAUUGUUGGACAGUGAUGGCCAUGUCAAAUUGACGGACUUUGGACUUUCCAAGGCAUUUGAUAUUGAUAAGGAGGUUGGUUUAACUGUGAUUGUCUAAAAUAACUUUAAUAUUUUUAAAAUAAACCUAAACUAAAAGAAAGUCAAAAUUAUUAAAAAAAUGUUUUUAAAAAACGCAGUAAAGUUCUAGAAAUAUGUUAUUUUAAUGAAAUAAAGACGUAUUUUAUGUUUUAGCUCAGUUUGGCCCAUUCAUAUUGUGGUACAGUUGAGUAUUUGGCUCCGGAAGUUGUGAAACGUGACCCAGCUGGAUAUAACAAGUUGGCUGAUUGGUGGAGUUACGGAGUGAUAGCUUUUGAGUUACUUACUGGCUGUUCACCAUUUACUGUGGAUGGAGAUCAUAAUUCGGCUAGAGAGGUUGGAAGGUAACUUGACUUAUUUUUUUGGUGUUUAGCUGAGGUUGUUCAGAUUCUGUGCUUCCUUCCAAAGCAAAUUUGUGGGAUUAGGGGCGCAGAACUAAGUGAACAACCUAAUAUUUAAUUUUUAUCAAAUAUAAAAUUGAAAAUGGCACAUUUUUGAUGAUUUAUAGCUGAAAUUUAGGCGUAUUCUGGAGAAAACUGUGCCAUACCCAAAGAACAUGGACUCAGUGUGCCGCAACUUUAUCGCAUCGUUCUUGGAGAGGGAUCAGAGCAAAAGAGUAGGCAGUAAUGACAUCAAGGACUUUGAGAAGCAUCCGUUUUUCAAAGGAAUCGAUUGGGAUUCUGUCAGGAACAGAAACCUCGAGUCUCCUUUCAAACCUCAUGUUGGUGGGCAGGUAAUCAUUACUUAAAUGGUUACUAUAACAUUGUUAUUUAAAGUUGAAACUUGUUUUGACAGUUUUUGUUCUUUGUGUCGUUUUGAAAUGCUUUUCUCGUCUAAAAGUGUGUUAUUAAUGUAGGUAUGUUUCAGAACGACGUACGAAACUUUGCUCCAGAAUUCACGGCAAUGGAGCCGGUCUUUACUCCGGGAGACGUGCCUGAUUCUUACAAUACUAGCAUGUUUAUGGUAAGAUAUAUUUUUUACUUUAUUUAUAUAUGCUAAUUUUGCUUUUUUCCGUAUUUUACAAUUAAUUCUUUAUUCUUUUUAUAAUAUUUUAGGCAUGUUUAGGUAACAAAUUUUAUCAAAAUAUAAUUUUCUUUUUCUUUGUUUUAUAAUUUCUUCUUUGUAAUAUGUAUACCAUUUUCGGUAUUUUUAGGUAACAACUUAGCUAUAAAAAUAAAUUUUCAGGGAUAUUCUUACAUAUCGCCGUCGGUAAUGUACUCAAAUAACAAUGUGAUUGGGGAAGAGAAUUUGGACAGUAAUUUGAAUAUAAAACAAUCUCCAUUCUUUGAAAAAUACGAGUUGGUACUCACGAAUGACGGAUUCUUAGGGCAUGGCACUUUUUCAGUUUGUCGGUAAGGAUGUACUUUAUCUUUUUUACAUUGCUAUGUCAAAUUUGAAUAUAAUUUGAAAUAUGAUAUGUGUAAGGUUAGUUAUGGACAUGUCAUUUUUGUCUGGGGAAAGCGGUUAUUAAUAUCUAUAUUAAAAUUUGGUCUUAUAUUAAUAUAGAUAAACCCUACUUUUUCAGUAAAUGUCGCCGCAUAUCAGAUGGAAAACAAUUUGCAGUCAAAAUCGUGAGCCAAAAGUUUUCCCACCAAGCCAGAAGAGAAGUCAGAAUCCUCGAAACCGUGAAUCCACACCCGAAUAUCGUCAACUUCGUGGAAGUCCUCGAAGAUUACCUUCAUUUUUAUAUUGUGUUAGAACUGUUGUCAGGAGGGGAACUGCUUCAUCGACUCAAGAAUCUGAAUGCUUUUACUGAAUGUGAAGCUUCCAAGUUCAUGUCUGAGUUAGUGGCAGCCGUCUCGCAUUUACACUCCAAGUCGGUGGUUCACAGGGAUUUGAAGCCCGAGGUAUGUUGUUGUAGGUAUAGGUGUUGUGUAAGAUGGAAAGGCCGUAAACAUCAUUUUUUAUGAUAAAAAUGGUGAAAACUGAAACAUUGUUACCUAAAUUAAUAUUUUUGUGCUGUAAACAAAGUUUUCUUUAUCAAAAAAUGGCUUAAGAUGAACAAAUAUUACCUAAAAUUUAAUUUUUGAGCUGUAAAGAAAGUUUUAUCAAUAAUUCUCAAAAAUUUUAGAACAUUUUAUUCGAAAACGACACUCCAGAAGCCACGAUCAAGUUGAUUGACUUUGGCUUUGCUCGUCUCUUACCAAAUACGUAUGAACAAUUGACUACACCUUGUUUCACAUUGGCGUACGCGGCUCCAGAAGUCAUCGAAGUUGAGGAUGAACUGCCACAAUAUAACCAACAAUGCGAUUUGUGGAGUUUGGGAGUGAUAAUGGUAUGUUGUAGUAGGGAUUGGGAUGUGGAAUGUGAAUAAAAGACAGUUUUUAGGUAGAGUAGAGUAAGAUAGGGUAUGGUAAGGUAGAGUAGGGUAAGGUAGACUUCAUAAAUGUUGAGCAUGAUAUGGUAUGAUAUAUUAAGGUAGUGUAAGAAAUGUAAGAGUAGAGUAGAGUAAGGUAGACUCUGUUUUGAUGUUAUGAUACAUAUGAUAAGCCUAACAUUGAUAUUGCCAUAACAUUUAUGUUUUUUUAGUUCACAAUGUUGAGUGGAAAAGUGCCAUUCCAUGCAAAAACCACAGCAGAAUCGGCUAAUGACAUUAUUGCCAGAAUCCGAUCAGCUGAAUUCUCAUUUGAUGAUCCUGUAUUUGAAAAUGUUAGCGAUAUGGCCAAGGAUCUGAUUACUGGUAAGUGACAAAAUUAAACAAGAUAGUUUAAUCAUAAUGGUUUUGUAAAGAAAGUUAUUGCGGUUUUACCAAAAAUUUUUAAAUUUAGCUUUUGUAAAGAAAGUUAUUGCGGUUUUCAUAAAAUUUUCAAAACUAAAAUUUUUUGUAAAGAAAUUCUUCGCUUUUUAAGUGCAUUUAGAAAAACAUAGCGUAUUUUACCAAAAAACUUUGCAGGAUUACUAACAAUCGACCCAAAGAAACGACUAACUUUGGCUGAACUAUGCCGUCAUCCAUGGAUCAGCAUGCACAAGAAGAACAAUAUCCUAGCGGAAGUCAAACAACUACCUACUCCUACUUUGUUGCCAAGGUCGGCUGGUAAGUUGUUUUUGUUAUUACUUGACCUGUAAAGAGGCCGGUCCAAGCUUAAUUUCUCGGCCCAGACCUUUUCAAGUUUGGCUCAAGCCGGGUGAGCCCUUUUAGGUUUAGUUGUUAUGAGUGCAGAGAGGUGGAAAUGUGUUUAGCUGAGCAUUUUGGGGAAUUUUUGAUGAAAAUGGUUAGAGGGAUCAAGUUAAAGUUUUUGAAAUAAAAAUUUGGGGGGGAGGGGGAAGAUGGGGCAUGGACUGAAAAUUUUGAUAAUUGGAAAAUAAUCGAAAAAUGGGUGUAAGGUACCGCUACGACUGAUUAAAAAAAUUUUUUUCGGCUUUUACCCCCCCCCCCCCCUCUCUGAAAAAAUCUGUAGCGACGUCUCUGAAAACAGAAUCAACUAUAUAUUAGCUUCACUCCCAACUCUAACGAAUACAUUAUCAUUUUUCAGGCGAAUCCUUCAACGAAACCAUCACAGCCCUCUGGACCGCCAACAAAGCCGGCUUCCAUUUAAUGGACGUAACAACAGCACCAUUACUAGUCAAACGACGUGGCACAAAACGAACGAAUCAAGAUGCGAACGACGAAAAGAACGAUAACACAUUGGCAUCGGUUUCAGAACUCAACGAAGACCAUCAGAGACCAAGUACUCUGGAUAUUUAUGGAUCAGCGCCGAACUCGGCCGUUUUCACCGAAUAUAGGGAUACCAAGCCACCUGAACUCAAAUAUAGCCGCGACUGUCCACCUCAUGAGUAG